UGAGCUCCACAGGUGUCAUGUUUUUUACAAAUUGAAGGUGAGAACCUCCACCAGCAAAUAGAUUACCACUUGCUUUAUUGUGAUACUCGCUUUAUUGCAGUCUGGAAACAAACCCACAAUAUUUCCAAGCUGUGCCUGUAUUAUUUAUUAGUUGCCCUUCCCUGGAGCUGAGCUGUAGGGAAACAUCACCUGGCCCUGGUAAGAGAUGACAGUUAGCUCUGCUUUUAUCAGAAGCCGCUUAAAAGCUUGGCCACCAAUUUGCUUGUCUAGAUUCUUCGGAAGAUUAAGCUGGCUGCGGUCCCUUGCAAUAUAAAAUUUUUUUAAAAAAUGUCUGCAGCUCAGACUUUCUGUUGCUUCUGAGUUUCCAGGGGCUACUUCUUGGCAUCAUCACUAUGGGAGGUGUCCCUGUCAGGAAAAGCGGCCUGGGACCCAGCUGAGGCGCUUGGGGUGGCGGCUGCACUGUUGCUGGGGUCUUUGCGUGCGUGGAAGUGGACAGAGGGGGAGUCCAAGCUGAGGAAUCCAGGCGUCAGGGGCAGCAAACUCUUGAGUCCAGCACCCUGGGCGUCCUUGCCUCUGCUGCUUUCAUAUAUCCUCCUUUCCCACCAGUACUGGCCUUGGGCUUGGUCUUUCUAAGCCACCAUCUCUCCCUGGUUCCAUAAUAUUUCUUUUCAAUCACAGUCUCAGAAUAGAAUAGCCUGUCUACUGGAGGCUAGUCAGCAUCUCAGAGCAAAGAAAUCUGCUCUUUCCCUGCUGCAGACCUGCUGGCUCAAGCGACCGAGGUGACUGCUGCGUGCUUAGCUUUCAAGGGCUCUCGUUCAGAGGUCCUGAAUUACAGAUCGCAGUCAAGGCUUUAGAAACAGCUGGUUGGAAAUAAUUGCCUUGACUGGCUCCAGUGACCCCUCCCCCCCAUGAACAUAUCCCACUUACGCAUAUGUUCUCCUCAUUUAUCAUUUAUGGGUAUAUUGGGUUUUUACUCCACAGGCCUGACACUUUGAUAUUAGACUUGCUAAUGAGCAGCAACCAUUCGCCCCUACUGCCUGUCAUUCAGAGCAAUCAAGGUAUAUCGCAUGCAGCGGCGAAGAGCUUAGCAGACAGCCUUCUUCCACAUUCUGCUCAGAAAAUAAUGGGAGGGUCCAGAGGUGUCAUCUGAUGCGGAUGAAGGCGUACUUAUUCCCUACACAAAAGAGCCGAGGCAAAAAGACAGAAAGCUACCUGCUUUCCAUCCAGGAGCUGGAUGGAGAAGGGGAUGCUGGCGGCCGCCCCUGCAGACUCCAACUCCAGCGCCAUGAAUGUGUCCUUUGCUCACCUACACUUUGCCGGAGGGUACCUGCCCUCUGACUCCAAGGCCUGGAGGACCAUCGUCCCCGCUGUCUUGGCGGCUGUCUGCCUGGUGGGCUUCAUGGGGAACCUGUGUGUGAUUGGCUUCCUCCUUCACAGUGCUCGGAAAGGAAAGCCGUCCCUGAUCCACUCCCUGAUUCUGAACCUCAGCCUGGCUGAUCUCUCUCUCCUGCUCUUUUCUGCACCUGUCCGAGCUACGGCGUACUCCAAAGGUGUGUGGGAUCUAGGCUGGUUUGUCUGCAAGUCCUCUGACUGGUUCAUCCACAUGUGCAUGGCAGUCAAGAGCCUGACCAUCGUCGCAGUGGCUAAAGUCUGCUUCAUGUACGCAAGGGACCCAGCCAAGUCAGGAAGCAUCCACACCUGCACCACCGGGUCGGUGCUGGUGGCCAUCUGGGCUGUGGCUGGCCUGCUGCCCCUGCCGGAAUGGUUCUUCAGCACCACCAGGCUGCACGCAGGCGUGGAAAUGUGCCUCAUGGACGUGCCCGCUGUGGCCGCAAAGUUCAUGUCGAUGUUUGGUAAGCUCUACCCUCUCUUGGUAUUUUGCCUUCCGUUACUCGUUGCUAGCUUUUAUUUCUGGAGAGCUUAUGGCCAAUGUCGAAAGCGAGGAACCAAGACUCAACAUCUUAGAAACCAGAUGCGCUCAAGGCAACUCACAGUGAUGUUGCUAAGCGUUGCCAUCACCUCUGCUAUUCUGUGGCUCCCCGCAUGGAUAGCUUGGCUGUGGGUAUGGCAUCUGAAGGCAGGAGGCCCGGCCCCACCACAGGGCUUUAUAGCCCUCUCUCAAGUCCUCAUGUUUUCCAAUUCUUCAGCAAAUCCUCUCAUUUUUCUAGUGAUGUCAGAGGAGCUCAAGGAAGGCUUGAAAGGCUUAUGGAAAUUGAUGGUAACCGAACAACAUCCAGCUGCCUCAGGGUCUCAGGAACCACCAGCUGGUAACACAGAGGUCCUUCCUGACAGUGUUCCCUCUCCAGAGUCCCCAACAUCCAUACCAGAGAGAGAGAAAACGGGCUCUCCCUCCUCCAGCAAAGAGAAAACCGAGAAGGCAGAGGUUCCCAUCCUCCCUGAUGUACAGCAGUUUUGGCACGAGAGGGACACAGUCCUUGGUGUCCAAGACAACGACCCUAUCCCCUGGGAGCAUGAAGAUCAGGAGACAGGAGAGUGUGAGAAAUGACUAUGUUUCAAAGCAAAACAAAUGGUGAUGAUUGUAUGUACUUGUACUGCUGCUUAUCGAUAUUGCUGCUCUAUAUAAAACAUGGUAAGAAUUAUUACCACUAGGAACGACAAAGAUGCUUCAGUCCUCAUUUCCAAAACGUGCAGUAAGUAGAACACCACGUUAGGAGCAGGAAUUGUUUCAGAAUUGUAGCCUGGCCGUCCAGAGAAUUCUGUUGGAUGAUGAUGUUUCUACAAGUGAUUAGAAAGCCCAGCUCUUUUGUUCCUUGCUCGCAGUGGCUGUUUUACUGCCCACUCUUUAGGAGCAGCUCUGUACUGGCUGGAGUAGAGCUUAUCUGUCAAAAGCCGAAACCUUUUGCCUUGUUUCUUCCUGAGCCUGCCAGCCCUCAAUUCACCUGUCAAGCUUCAUUUCACAUUAACCAAAGCUCACUAUCUACAUCCAGUUAAGAGAUUUUUUUCGUCAACACACUAAUGAAUAAAUUGUAAUGAGUCAUCUUCAUUUGCUUAAAAUAAGUAAAUUUACUUGAUGAAAAUCUAUACACAAUGUUCAAGACUGAAGGUUGCAGAAUAAGGAACACCACUUUAUUCCAGGUCUGGGCUCAUUUCAAAUCAUGGCUUAUUUUGGCUAAGUUUAAGUAAAAACUUUGCCUUAUAUUAAAAGCUGCUUCAUUGAUUUUAAUGCCACCACUGUGAGUCUUCGGUUUCUAAGUCCAAGGAUUACCAUCUUAGCGUGACAGUCUAUAUCCUGAUAUGAAGGAAGAGCUUAAAACCUACCCUUUCUCUUCCCAAGUACCUGCUCUUCCAAAAUGCAGGAGACAGUUAACUCUUCUAUGAGCUGAAAUCAAUCUGUUCCUCCCAAUAUCUCCUUUCUCUCAAGAUAAACUAUAAGUUAUGACUAAUGAUAUUGGUGUUAAAUACUGAAGGCAAUUGUCAAAUAUAAAUAUAGAAGGGGGAGAGAUGGUGAGCCUUCUUGUUAAAUGGCAUUAAACAUACCUAUAACAUUGAACUUGCACCCUGCUCAACUUUUAAAGUACCUCAGGGUUUUUAAGUUAUAAACCUGAUCAAGAGUAGCAAGAAAAAAAUACUAGUAUGGAAAAGAGAAAAUUCAGUGGAUGCAAGACAGAGAAUUUGCAUAAGAGUAGAAAACAAACAUACAAGGGCAACGCAGAAAGAAAAGCACUACAAUUUUGUGUUUCCAAACAUAUUACCAGUAUAACUUAAAUAACAGGCAAUAACUGUUCAUUUUACAGCAAGGUAAAGCAUACCCAAUGAAAAAUUAUUAUACUACAUUUCUUCCCCUAUUAAAUAAGGACAUUUAGCCAUGGUUCUUGACUACUUUGUAAUGGAACUCGGGUGUUUUCACUAAAGGACUCUUUCAGAAAAAACUGCCUUUGAGGCAAGCAAGAAUUUGAAAUAUAAAAUAUAUGCUAUGGAUGGAAUUUUUAUUUUUUAAACCAAGUUCAGUCUGUGGAUUUUUUUAUUUUGUUUUUACGAAUGGUCAUUUGUUUUUUUUAAACACAGAAGAUAGGGCUAUUGCUGUCUUGUAUUUGGUUCAUUACAAAAUUGUAAGGCUCACUGCACAUAUAAAGUCCAAUUUAACCUAAGUAUCCAAAAUACUGUUUUUGCAAUAUGAUACUUAUACAAAGGCAUUACUUUUAAAAUUGUCUGUGAUGAACUAUUUAAGAUUUUUACAUACAUUAUAUAUAGUAAAUGUAGGACAUAAGAUUCCAGUAUUGCUAUUUUAACUUAUAAACAAAUAAAAACAAUUGUUUCACUUCAGAUAGUUUGUGAGAUUUAAAGCUGUCUUGUCUUGAAUGCUCCUUUCAAACUCAUCAUUUGACACAAUGGGAUUAUAUGGGGAGCCCAGACCUUAACACUGGCACAGGUCUCAGGGUAAACAAAUUCAUGUUAUGUUUACAGAGUUUGCUGACAAGCACCAAAUCAAGAUGCAGAUAUGGAAACCCAGUGUGAUCACAACUCUUUCAUUAAGAACCUAAUACACAAAGUCCCGACUUCAUCCCUUAAACAAAUCUGUGUAGAAGAGUUUGAUUUGCAAUUUAUAUCAGCAAUCAAUCCCAAGUACUUUACAAUAAAAGUAGGAAAUUAAGAUGUCACCAAACUGUUUUCUUCACAUUACUUUGAGAAACAGAAUGUAGUGAAUGGGCGAACAAUACUAUGGAAUUCAAAAUAACAAAAUAAAGCAUUUUGGAAAUUUCACCUUUGUAGGACAGUCACAUUUGUGUAAUAGUCAUGUGCCUUUUGUUAAAUACUUCAGUCUCACUCCUUGUAAGAAUUAAAAAUCACUCAAUGAAUUUAUAAAAAUGAACUUAAAAAAAAAAAGGGAGAUAAAGAAAAAGAAAAAUUCUGUUAAUUAACAAUUUACCAGUCAAGCUUAGCCAAAUACUGAAUUCCAGGUUUCUACAUACAGAGUUCAUGUAAGUUUUGUGGCACUUAAUAUAUUUAAGCUACAUACUAAUAACACAGAUGUGAAUGUGUUCAUGUCUGUGUGUGAUGUGUGUCUGUGCACAUGGAACACACAAAUACAAAUCUGCUGGUGUCCCUUUUUAGGUUUUGUCACAAUCAUAGUAGGUGUGAGAUAACAGAGAAAAUAUUGGGUUGUCGGAAAAGUCAUGACGCAUUUUUGCAACA